AUCUGAAAUUGUACAGGUGGUUGUAGUUUCGAUGCAACCGCGAUGUCGAUCGCGACUCGACUCACGUCAAUUUUGCCAGCUUUGUGAUCGAACGAGAUGAAGCGCGGUGGGCGCAAGUUGCGCUCGCCUUUACGUUGAAGAUCAAAGAGAGCGCUAUCCUUAUCGGCUGUCAUCGGUAACACUUCGCUCUCCGAAAUCACUGGCAUAACGAGGAGAAGCAGCCAAAUCCGAGCUACACUCGUCAUCGGCAAUCCAUUUCCCCUCGUCCUUCCUCCGAUUGUCAGACAGACGGCGCGCUGAAAGAAUGGCGAACGACAUCUAGCAUUUAAUAAGUGCCCUCUCGCAAUCCAAAAGUCACACGAGGUCAAGUAAAAUUAACGCCGGUGGGCGUCAAGUCAAUUACGAUUGUGCGCGAAAUGGUUGUGAUGUCGAUUGGCAAACCUGGAUAGAGCCGCGUUGCCGUGAGGAGAUCUCCAUCUUGUCACUCGGUUAUUUGAACGAAAACUCAACGGUGCGCCAGCUCCGCCGGGUUGAUAUGUAGCCCGCGGACGUGAAACCCUUCCUUCGCACCCAGCGUAGAAAGGCACGCGUAUACAUUUUUCAGGCUCGCCAUUUUUCAGGAAAACUCAUUAACUGCACUCUCGCUAGAUUAAUAAUCGCGCGCGCGGUUGACGGCUCGGAGUUAACACUCCGGAACUUCGUUGGGUGUCUUAGAGUUCCGACGGCGCAUCCCGAUGCGCGCGAAUCCGGAAGUUCCGCCAGUUUCGCAAUCGGCAGAGCUUUGCUUGGUCGGUCUUCGGCCAGCCUUGAACAGUAGGAACGAGAAGGCAGCAGGCCUGUGCAGAAGGGGCAAGCAGGAGGAGAAGAAGAAGUUGCGAGAUGAAAAUUGCGGCUCGUCCCGCGGGGACAAUAGCGGCAUUGUUCUGCCAGCAGUGGCGGAGGCCGAAAGCGCGGAAAUUUCACGUCGCGCAAUCGCGCAAGGACACGCGCGAGGCUCCGUCGCAGGAUCACGGGGGGGUCUCGCGGACAAUCGGCCGUUUUCCGGCACGCGCGCGCGCGUCGCGGAGGUGUCGCGCAUCGGCGACGCGGGUGACGAGCUCAACGAAAGCGAAACCGCGGAGAGGCGGCCGCCGCGACAAUUAUCCUCGCACCGAUGUGCCAGAAGAUGAGGAGCGCGUUUUCUCGCGGACGCGUAUAAGAGGCCGCGCGCCCGCGGCGGCGUGGUCACUUGGACGAACCGUCUCAGCGCGUCAACAUGCACCGCCAGGCGCUCGCACUGCUCGUGGCUCUGCUGGCCGUCGGCGCGGCGCGCGCCGUGCCCAAGUACGAGGACGGGGGUUUCAAGCCGAGCGCGAUCGUCGACUACGCGGACAAGGCAGCCAAGAGCCAGGACCCGGCGACCCGGCCAGGGCCGCCGCCGGUGGACAAGCGCGCCGAGGAGACGGCGCGCUUCGGCUUCAACGGCGUCGGCGACAGCGGCGUGAGUAUACCGUGGCGGCGGGCCCGCGCCCCGAGGCGGACGCUCUGACGCGCGCGUUCUGUGUUUGCGCAUGUGGACGCGCUGCUUGGCAGGGCUACGGGGUGGCCAGCUACGCGCCCGCGAGGAUCGACCUGGGGGGCCUGCUGCUCGGCGCGGUCAUCGGCAUCGGCACCAUCCUCGUCAUCCCCAAGCUGCUCUACGUGCUGUCCGGCUCGUACGGAGCCUACGCCAGAAGCGACGAGGGCGGAGUGGCGCAGCUGAUGAGCAGACUGGACGACGCGCUCGCCGGCCACGGCAUCGACACCACGAGCUGCACGCAGCGGCUGCUCUGCUCGUACGCGAAGCAGGCGGCCGAGGCCGUGGGCCAGGGGCGCGCCGGCGAGCGGCUCGACUCCUCGGAACCGGCCACGCCGCGGCCCUCGCAGCUGGACAGGCUCGUCGACGCCAUCUCCUCCAACCAGAUGCUGAACGCCGCGCUCGCCGGCACCGCCGUGCAGGAGGCCAUCAGCGCCGGGCGCAGCGGCCACAACUGCCAGAGGCUCUACCGCCAGUGCGCCUUCUCCGCCGACGGCGCGCUCGCCGCCCUCGCCAAGCUCGCCACUGCUCAGUCCAAGAGCACCACGCCUAGGCCCUCCUCCUGAUCGCCGGCCUCGUUCGUCCUUGCCC